UCUGACGUCAUCGGGCGGCGCCGGCGGCGGUGGCGGCGGACAAGAUGGCGGCGCGCGGUGAGGACCGGGAGGCCCCGGAGGCGCCUUCGCCGCCCCCCCCGGGCCCGGGCGGCGGCGUCAACGUGUUCGCCAACGACGGCAGCUUCCUGGAGCUCUUCAAGCGCAAGAUGGAGGCGGAGGAGCAGCAGCGGGAGCGCGAGGCGGCGGCGGCCGCGGAGGCAUCCGGCGGCGGCGGCGGUGGCGGUGGUGGCGGUACCGGGCUCGGCUCGCAGCGCGGUGCUGAGGGCGCGAAGAGGAGCGGCGGCGCUCUCAGCUUCGUGGGGCGGCGGCGGGGGGGCAACAAACUGGCCCUGAAAACGGGAGUGGUGGCCAAGAAGCAAAAGACGGACGAGGAGGUGCUGACGAGUAAAGGCGACGCCUGGGCCAAGUACCUGGCGGAGGUGCAGAAGUACAAAGCUCAUCAGUGCAGUGACGACGACAAGACGAGACCCCUGGUCAAAUAACAGCGGCCCCCCCCCCAAAAUAACACCCUGAUGGGAGACCCCUCCCCAAAAAGAAAAAAUUCCUGAGGGGAGACCCCUCCCCACAAAAAAAAUUUGGGUAAAAAUCGCCCAUUUCUUCCCCAAAAAAAAUAUUUUUAGGG